CCUCCGUGAGUCGACGCUCCCUCCCUGCCGGAGGAUGACCUUCUUUCCCCGGCGAUGACAGUUUCCUGCGGGCCGGUCGACGCGGGGCUGGUCGCAGCAGGAUGUUCUGACGGGGAGUCGAGCUGCUCGGGCGGACUUCGACCGGCGGAGUCAACUUGUGUCUUUAUUUCUCGCGGGAAGAGCGAAUGUCGCAGGCGGAUACCGAGGGGAAAUGAGCAACAGGAUGGAGGGUUCGGCGGGACCAGGCGUCGGGGCGACCAAACCGGUGGCAGCGCCCCCCAGCCCGGUGAGCUCCGCCGCGGGGCCGCCCCUGGCCCCGGUGGCGCUGGAGGACGAGCAGCAGCAGUCGUCGCUGACGGACGUCACGCAAAUGUGGGUCAACUUCGCCAAGACCUUCGCCGUCAUCUUCCCCAUCUACGUCCUGGGAUACCUGGAGUUCAGCUUCAGCUGGGUGCUGAUCGGACUCGCCGCGCUGUUCUAUUGGCGGAGGAACCACGGCGCCAAGGACUACCGGAUCAACCGCGCCCUGGCCUUCCUGGACCACGAGGAGAGAGUGUCGAAGCAGACGGUGCCGACCACUGAGCUGCCGCCGUGGGUCCAUUAUCCAGAUGUGGAGCGAGUGGAGUGGCUGAAUAAGACGGUGAAGCAGAUGUGGCCGUUCAUCUGCCAGUUCGUGGACAAGCUGUUCAGGGAGACCAUCGAGCCGGCGGUGAAGGCCGCCAACCCCCAUCUCAGCUCCUUCUGCUUCACCAAGAUCGACAUGGGCAACAAGCCGCUGCGGGUGAACGGGGUGAAAGUUUACACGGAGAACGUGGACAAGAGGCAGGUCAUCAUGGACCUGCAAAUCAGUUUUAUCGGGAACACAGAGAUCGACGUGGACAUCAAGAAGUACUACUGCAGAGCCGGGAUCAAGAGUAUUCAGCUUAAUGGAGUGAUGAGAGUGGUGAUGGAGCCCCUGCUGGGGGACAUGCCUCUGAUCGGUGCUCUGUCCGUCUUCUUCCUCAAGAAACCAUUGCUGGACAUCAACUGGACGGGACUCACAAACAUGCUGGACAUUCCCGGUGUCAAUGGUUUAUGUGACAACAUCAUCCAGGACAUCAUCUACAGCUACCUGGUCCUGCCCAACUCCAUCAAAAUACCCCUGGUGGGAGAGGCCGCGCUGGCCCAGCUGCGCUUCCCCAUUCCCAAGGGCGUCCUGAGGAUCCACUUCAUCGAGGCCCAGGACCUGCUGAGCAAAGACAAGAUGCUGGGCGGGCUCAUCAAAGGCAAGUCCGACCCGUACGGCGUCGUCCAGGUCGGGACGCAAGUCUUCAAGAGCAAGGUCAUCCACGAGACCCUCAACCCAAAAUGGAACGAGGUGUACGAGUGUCUGGUGUACAGUCACUCAGGACCGAACGUGGGCGUCGAGCUGUUUGAUGAAGACCCUGAUAAAGACGACUUCCUGGGAAGUCUGGUGAUUGACCUGGCCGAGGUGCAGAAGGAGCAGAGAGUGGACGAGUGGUUUGUCCUGGAGGACGUGGCCUCGGGGAAGCUGCACCUCAGGCUGGAGUGGUUGUCGCUGCUGCCCUCGCCUGAGAAGCUGGACCAGGCGCUGAUGAGCAUCAAGGCCGACCGCGGCCAAGCCAACGACGGCCUGUCGUCCGCGCUGCUCGUCGUCUUCCUGGAUUCAGCCAGGAACCUGCCGCGCAAUCCGUUAGAGUUCAACCAGGCGGGGCUGAAGAAGGCCUCGGUCAGUAAGGCCAUCAAGUCCGGAAAAAAAGUGACCAGCGAUCCCAGUCCGUUCGUCCAGUUCACAGUGGGACACAAGUCGUUCGAGAGCAAGACCAGAUAUAAGACCAAUGAACCGGUGUGGGAGGAGGCCUUCACCUUCCUCAUCCACAACCCCAAAAGCCAAGAGUUGCAGGUUGAGGUGAAGGACGAGAAGCACGAGUGUUCGUUGGGGACGAUCACGUUGCCUCUGAGUCGCCUGCUGGAGGCCGACGACAUGACGCUGAACCAGCGCUUCCCCCUGAAGAACUCCGGGCCGGGCUGCACCGUCAAGAUGAAGAUGGCUCUGCGGGUGUUGUGCCAGGUGAAGGACCCUUCCCCCGCCUCGAACUCCAACCCGUCCUCGGUGCAGGUCCGCAAGGGCUCCAACGCGUCGCAGCAGCAGCCCUCCGACUCGCCAAGGCCCCACCCCUCCACCCCCGACAUCCCCGGCUCAGGCUCCGGCUCCGUGUCGGCCCAGGACCUGCUGAACCAGCGCAGGGACGCUGACCAGUACGUCAGGUCUCCUGGAAGCACCGACCUGGGGCAGGGAGGCAGAGGAGGAGGCCGCAGCCUGGCCGACUCCGGGAGGAGCAGCUCUAACCUGGCCAUCUCGGGCUCCCAGCAGUACCUGGCCGGAGGCAAAGAGCCGACGCCGAGCAUCGCAUCGGACAUCUCCAACCCCUACGCCACCCAGGAGCUGCAGCAGAGGCUCCAGCAGCUGCAAAACGGCUCGGGCCCGAGCCACUUCCCGCUGGGCGAGGUCCAGCUGACGGUCCGACACAGCUCGCAGAGGAACAAACUCAUCGUCGUGGUUCACGGCUGCAGAAACCUGAUCGCGUUCACAGAUCACGGGUCAGAUCCGUACGUCCGCCUCUACCUGCUUCCCGACAAACGUCGCUCCGGCCGCAGGAAAACUCACACGUUCAAGAAAACCCUCAACCCGGUUUACGACCAGACGUUUGAGUUCAGCGUCUCCCUGGUGGAGCUCCACAGACGCACGCUGGACGUCGCCGUGAAGAACGGCGGCGGUCUGCUCUCCAAACACAAAGGCCUUCUGGGAAAGGUUCUGGUGGAUCUGACUCACGAUGACAUCACCAAGGGUUGGACACAGUGGUAUGAGCUGAGUGAGGACGGCCUGACGAAGCCCCCGCAGCUUUAGACGACGACGACGAAGAGGACGAGACGCCAUUCCUCGCCCACACACACACACACACACACACACACACACACACACACUUCCUCUCGACGCCACAUUGUGACGCCGCGUCUCUUCUCGGUUCUCGUCGUCACUCGUCAGCUGUAAGAGAAGCGGGAAGAAAAACAGCAGCUUCGGAUUCAUUUAAUCACACCAGUCGCAAGGCAAACCUCCCCUUUAAGAAGCGAGUGAGCGUGACUUGGAGCAAAAGGGAGUAAAGCACCACACGUAGGAAAACUAUUUAUGACGUAACACGCGGCUUACAGAAGCUCAUAUAUUCCACGUUUAUAGAAGGAAGUGUAACGGUCAGGUUGUUUAGUUCUUCGAGCUGUUUCCUGCCUCCGGUGUCCGCAGUGAAACGACGACGUAGAGGGUUGUAAAUAAUGUACAAUGACGCAGGGGCAAACGGACGGCGCGGAGAGGGUCCGCGGCCUCUCACUCGGCCAAAUGAUUGUCUGUAAUUUUAUCUCAUUUCGUUUUUGGUUUCAAACCGUUUUAAUUGAAACGUGUCGUGGCCGCAGUUUCUGAGGCGGAGCGGGGCGGACGGUCGCAUGCGGGGAACGAUGUAUCCAAAGAGACGAGGAGUAUUUUUUUAUCUUUUCCCUGUGCGCCGGCUUUAUUCCACUCGAAAGAAGGUUUGUGUCGACCACGUGACGAGAACUGUGGGGGGGGGGGUAAACUGAAUAUUUGCACAUUUGUGUGUUUGUGUUUUUUUUGUUGUUGUUUUUUUUAAAAAUCUGGCUGGGGAUCAUCUGUACUUUGACCUGAAUCCAAUUCGGAUGAAAACAUAAUUUCAUCUUUUAUUUAGAAAAAUUAAUAAGCGCUUUUAAAUUUUAAAAAAGAGAAAGAAAAAAGAAAAACCAUUUUAAAGGACUAGUUUGCCAUUUUUCUCUUAACAGGCUGUCGGAUGUGAGGAGACCAUUCCUGUGUCAGUUCUAUCUAACCUCCUGUCAUCACCUUCUAAGAACAUUAAUUAAAACGUACUAUAUCAUAUAUAUACAUAUAUAUAUUUUUUUUUUUCUCGCUUCAUCUGUACAAACUGGAGUCACGAGAAAUCCACCAGAUGACCUUGUUGAAACCGCCACCGCCAAACGAGUUCUUUCCAAUUCCCUUUCCAUUCUCGACGCUAAGCUAAGCUAACUGUCGCCAUCAUAUUAUCGAUCUUCGCUUUAAAAAAAAAAACUGUCUUCCAGCUUUUCACAUUAAAAGUCUUCCCCGCAUUCGUGUUAUUUUUAACGUGAAAAAUCUGCAGAGCAAAAAAAAAUCAGUAUUAAUGUUGAGAGGAGGAAAAAAGAGAAGCAGAGCGACAGAUUCACCAGUGAGCCGUCGCUGUAGGUUUCAUGUAAUUCCUCAAAAAUAUAUAUAAAUCUGACUAUUAUUUUGAAAAUCUUUUUAGUUUUGUGGCUUUUUCCCCCUUUGACAAUAACCACCAGUAGUCGCCACUCGUUUACGACGAAUCACAGUUGCUCACAAACACAAACCAAGAGAGGCUUUAAUCACAAUAUUUGGCUUUUUUGUUAUUAUCGUGUUUUAUUAUUCCAAUGUCCACAUCGAGGUUUGCCGCCGUUGAAAUCUUCGGCGCUAGUCUUAACUCCGCGUCAUUUCUCAACACCUUGUCUCAGUCACGUGUUGUGGUCAGAGGCGAGGCCGCAGACCAGCGAGGUCAAACUGACAUGUCCAUGUUUUUUGUUUUGGGUUGUGUUUUGUCGCGCACAUGAAAUUGUCUUUAACUUUUUUUUUCUGACGAACGAAGCGUUGACGCGACUUUGCAGCAGAAGGGAUUCACGUCAGAAAAACAAUAUGGACACACAUGGUCUCGGGAUCGAUGAGAAAAAAAAGAAUCAUAAACCUUUCCCUCGUUCAUAUUCACAUCCGGCAUCAAGAAAGUAUUUUGCAUAUCUGUGUGUAAACUGUCGUCCCACAUUUUCUGUCUCCAUGUGUUUUGUGUGUUUUUCUUUUGUAAGUGAAUUUUCUGUCCGGUUGCAGCGUGUUGUCCCUCUGACAGGCGGCUUUUCAUUCAUUUAUUUUAUUUUAAUCUUGUGCCUUAAACUUCACCCCAAACGCCCAGAGAUGCUUUACAUGUUUAAAAAACAAAAAGGAACGUUAAAGAGCGAACUCCCCCGUGUGUCACAUCGUUUGUCUCCUGAACGUCUUUUGAACUGAAUAAAGAACUUUUGGCAGCACGAAGCUGAACAGCA